GCCCGCAGCAAAGAUGGCGGCGGAGGCCGCUUCCGGGCGGCGCGGAGCGCGGUGUGAGGCGGCGGGUGGCAAGGAGCUGCCCUGAGCCGGGGAACAUGGCGGCGGCCGGCAGCUCGCCGACCAUCGUCGAGUACUUCGGGGGAGAGGACGGGUACCGCUGCGGCUACUGCAAGAACGAGAGCGGCAACCUCUCCCACGGCAUGUGGGCACAUUCAAUGACAGUUCAAGAUUACCAGGACCUCAUAGACAGGGGAUGGCGAAGAAGUGGAAAAUAUGUCUACAAACCUAUCAUGAAUCAAACAUGUUGUCCUCAAUACACAAUAAGAUGCCAGGCACUGCGUUUUCAGACCUCCAAAUCUCACAAGAAAGUUCUGAAGAAAAUGUUGAAAUUCAUUUCGAAAGGAGAUGUUUCAAAAGCAGUGAGUGAAGAAGAGCCUAUGGAUUCCCAUAUAGAGGAUGCGGUCUCAUGCAGUUUUGUACAUAGAAGUGAAUCUCAUGUCAGUGAGGCUGAACUGACUCCCUUAAAUGAGGAUCACGCAGACGUAGUGGAGAAUGAAGAUGAGGACAAAGGAGAAACAAAAGAAGAGGUGAAUGUGAAGAAGGCAGAGUUGGAUUCUCUUCAGAUAUGUGGAGAUAAAGACGCAGCAGUCCCUGGAGAACCAUCACCUUCUACAAAAACUGUUCAUGCACCACCAAAGCCAGGCAAAGGGGCUGAUCUGAGCAAGCCACCGUGUCGAAAAGCAAAGGACAUACGGAAAGAAAGAAAAUUGCAGAAACUCCUUCAGAACCAGAGGUGCACACUUGAAGGCUCUCCACUUCAAGCAGAACAUCAAGCUUUACUCUUGCAAAGCUCAAAGUCUACAACAAACCAACCAAAAAGCAUUGAAGACUUCAUUUUUGUCCCUUUACCUGAUGAUGCACCGCACAAAUUGGAGGUGAGGUUAGUACCUGUCUCUUUUGAGGACCCACAGUUCAAAUCAUCCUUCAACCAGUCAGCCACUUUAUUUGCCAAGUAUCAGAUGGCUAUACACAAGGACACACCUUCUGAAUGUGGCGAGAAUGAGUUCACACGAUUCCUCUGUGAUUCUCCCCUUGAGCCAGAGAAUCCACCAAAUGGACCAGAAUGUGGCUAUGGUUCUUUUCACCAGCAGUAUUGGCUGGAUGGGAAGAUAAUUGCUGUGGGUGUCAUUGAUAUCCUGCCCUACUGUGUGUCCUCUGUCUAUCUGUACUACGAUCCAGACUAUUCCUUCUUAUCUUUGGGAGUCUACUCUGCAUUACGGGAAAUUGCUUUUACUAGGCAACUUCACGAGAAAGCUCCUGAUCUCUGUUUUUAUUAUAUGGGUUUCUACAUUCAUUCGUGCCCCAAAAUGCGCUACAAGGGUCAGUAUAGACCCUCUGACUUGUUGUGUCCGGAGACGUAUGUUUGGACCCCUAUUGAGCAAUGUCUCCCGCUGCUCGAGCUUUCCAAAUACUCUCGUUUCAACCAGGAUGCAAAAGCAGUUGAUGAAGAUCAUAUCAAGGAACUGGGCAGAGUUAGAGUACUUCACAAGAGAACCAUAAUGCCUUACAGUGUGUAUAAGAAGAGGAGGAAGGGGCCGAGCGAUGAAGCCAGCGUUCAGCAAUAUGCAAGUUUGGUUGGACAGACAUGUUCAGAAAGAAUGUUGUUGUUUAGAAGUUGAGAAACCAUCAAAUGACAUUUUGAUGGCACAACCAUCAUUUAUUGCACUGCCACCGGAUGAUGUAAUGUAGUUGUGUGUUGGUAUGCCUACUAAGUAACAGUAUGAAGUACAGGUAUAUAACUAGGCUUGUGUGAAUACAUGGAACUGUGUCUCAAGACAACUCCAAUGAAACUUCUGACAAUACAGCAAGGCUUUAGCAAUAUAAGCUUAGAAAAACAUGCUUGCAGUACAUUUUAAUUAAAUAGUUCUUGCCUUUCUUUGCAUUUUGAAUAGUCUUAAUAGUCUUAAGUAUCUAAGCAAAAUGAAAAACAGGCGUUUUUUUCUGCAGACAAAGGUUGGCUAAAUCUCUGUUAAUGAUAAUUAAAUUGCAAGUGUUUUCAAAUAGCAGCUUGGCUGUCUGUUAUAUAAAAUUGCCAUUAAAUUUGUACUCACAUUCAUAUGUUCCUAAACUAUUGCAGGAGAAUUGAGUUGUGCAGUUACUUUCCAAUUGGAAACCUGGCAUGGUUUAAUUAUACUUCAACAGCGUAUUUAAAAACAGGAAGAAAUUAUUUUCACUGCACAUUCUUCAGUUGUUUAAUAUAGCAGGUUAGCAUCUGAGACUCUACUGAGUAUGGAGUCGUAGUUGAUUCUCAGUGGCAGGAGAUGCAGUGCUUUGGAAGACCUUCCCUGCCAGAGACAAAGCAGAGUAGUUGCACUAUAAAUUUACCAAAGAGAUGCAGCCAAGUGUCACGGAGUUCUAUGAGGUUUUUUGUUGUUGGUUGUUUGUUUUAAGCCUUAUCCUUUGUGUAAAAAGAGUGGAUAUCUUAAUGCACGUCACUGAUGUGAAAUGGAGUUUGGGAUAUUCAGCUUACAGCUCUUUAGUGCACAUUUCAGGACUACGCUAAAAACGAUACAAGGUACCACUGCUGGUGGUUGUUGCGACUUUUUCAGCAGAGUUGCAUGGGGAGACUUGCACAUCCUAUUCCUUGGUCUUUGUGACUGUUCUGCUUAUGCCACAGUGGCCCACGGGUUAUUAACAUCUUCAACUGAAUACUUCUCUUGGAAACAGAAAGAUGUGAUGCGUUAUCAAAGCACUUUAUUACUGAUAUGUUAAUGCUUUCAUUAGUAAACUGCAUCCGUAUCAAGUCAUACAAGGGAAAUAAUAUGGUUUUAUAUUCAGCCGUGCAUUACACCACUAUAACAAUCCCAAUGUGUCUGUAAUUUGCUUAUCUUGGGUGACAGGAGCUACUAUUUACAUUGAAUCAACCUGAAGUUUCCUGUUAAGCUUUGAAGAAGGAGAAUCUUAUUCAAGAAUAUAUGUGUAUAUGUUUCUUUUUCCCCAGAAGGAAAUCAAAUUCUAGUUUAAUCUCUGAAGGUUAUGUCUUGUGUCAGCCGUGGGCUUGAUUUAAUUUUAAACCCUUGGCCAGUAUCGUGAAUCACUGAUUUUUAUGUGAAACAGCCACAAGAAUGUUGAGAUUCCAAGUGUGCUGGGGAUUUAUUUUUCCCUGUGUCAGUUUGGUCACUGCAGUGUUACAGGUGAUGAGUGUAGGCUCAUCAGUAACUUCAAAACAUGUUAAUUGCUAUGUAUUGUAUCUACUGCCAUUUUGCAACAGAAUUGGUGAUUUCUGCCAGCCCUGUGCCUGGAUCUGUGUGUGUUAUCUGGAACAGCGAGGUUUCUGUGUGCUGUAGGAUCUGUCUGCCCACAUCUCAUCUAAGCCUACUGUCACAAGACCACUAACUGCUAUUUAUGGCCAUUAUAAGGAGCUGUUUACUGUGGGUAAAAUACCACUCGGUGAAAUGUUGGAAUAGUGUAACAUCAUCUGCCUAUACUGUGUGUUGAAACGUGGUGAUGCCCGUAGAGCUUAAAAACAAAAUGAAUGAGAAAAACUUUUUGUGUGACCUAAAAUCAGUCAAAAGGCACAAAGAAAAUCCACUAUGACUUUCAAAAUCUUAAAAGGUAAUAAAACUCAUUUACUGAAGGACUUGUUGAACUUGGAAGUUCUUUACUAUGAGAGUGCUGGAACAGAUGCCCCAUCCCUGGAGGUGUUCAAGGCCAGGUUGGAUGGGGCCCUGGGCACCCUGUUCUAGUAUUGGAUAUGGAGGUUGGCAGCCCUGCAUGCAGCAGCAGGUUGGAGCUUGAUGAUCCUUGGGGUCCCUUCCAACCCAUGCCAUUCUAUGAUUCUAUGAAUUACAAAGGAGCAGACUUAUGUUAACAGCCAGAGCUUGGAAGAGCUCUGUCCUUCUGUGCUCAAUGUUUAUUGCUGAUUUGCCUUCCAUGUGUGUAACAGACUUUUUUCCUGAUCCUCUUUUUUCUCAUUGGGAGCUUUUAAGGACUACAGUUAAAGGAAAGUGAGGUAUGUAUAGAAGUGAGAAUGGAGCACAACUUGAAGUUGUCGUUGGUGCGACAACAAAAUGUUAAUGACCACUUCCUGUGAGUUCCAAAAUGGUGCUUUCGCUUUCUGACCUCCACUGAAACUGCAGCAGGAUGGGCUUUUGAUUCUUAUUGAGGUAACAUUUAAAAGAAGAGUCAAAAUUGGGAUGAAUUGAGAAAUGGAGCUCAUCUGAUCCAGCACGCUGGUAUCUGACGUGCUUUGUUGGUUUUGCUCUAGAAGGAAGUUAGCACAGUAUUUUCCAGGGCUAUUUUAGAAGUGGAACGGAGUCGUGAAGAUAAAGCUCUCUAAGCUUUGGCAUUGAUUUCAGUGGAGCUGAAAAUUCACCACUACUUUAAUUUUAUUUAAUGAGAUUUCACUGAGAAUUAUUAAAGGUAUUUAAUGUAGUACAAAAUACUUUAUAAGGGGUUUUUUUAGUGUAAUUAGUUUGUGAGUUAAUCGCUAACGUAAGGUUGCCUUGUUCUGUUAUCUAUUGCUAAAUGAGCAUAAAAUGGUGGUAAGAAAAUGCAGAGCUGUGACCAACGCUAAAAAAAAUAUCAUGCUUUGUUUUAAUUGGAAAUAAGUGGGGAGCUUAUGCAUUUCCAGCAUCAACACGUUUCAAGUGAAUGCAAAGAACUCGCAUGUUGAGUUUGUAAUUGCUUUUCAGCAGACCUGUUUGACUUGUAAGUAUAGCAAAUAAAGGUAUUUCUAGUCUC